AUGAUCAUGUUCCCCCGGAGAGUACAAUUUCUAGGACUACUCUCAUUGAUCAGUUUGGCCAACAUAAAUCCCGUGAAGGCAGCUCCUACACCAGCACAAUGUACUUUGAUUUUCCCCGGUUAUCAAGUACAAGGUGUUUCAACAGAGGAAGGAGCAUGUAGAUAUGUUGUUAAAUAUGGUGAAGCGGAAAGAUGGGGUGUUUCCAAAGCUCCCACUUCCCUCAGCGGCCUCACAUCCACAUCCCUCCCACCUGCUUGUCCACAAGACAGUGAUAUCUAUACCCCCGGUGUGAGCCAAUCGGAAGAUUGUCUCUGGGCAGCUAUAUACGUUCCCACGGCUGUAUCAAAUGAUUUAUUACCAGUUUAUGUCUGGAUUCAUGGCGGGUCGUAUUACGAAGGUUCGGUUGCUGCUCCUGGACUUGAUGGUUCGACUUUGGCGGCUAAGGGGAAUAUCAUCGUGGUGGUUUUGCAGUAUCGACUCGGCGUUCUUGGCUUCCUCCCACCCGCACAAGCACCCACCUCAUCAGAUCCUAAUCUUGGACUUCAGGAUAUCAUUCUUGCUCUCACCAAUAUCAGGGAGUAUAUAGCGUUUGUAGGCGGCGACAAGGAUAAAGUGACCGUCGGAGGACAAAGUAGUGGUGCUCAAAUCGUUCGAGCGCUGUGGAACGCUCCUGCUGCCGUCGGUUUGUUCAGAGCUGCCAUACUUCAAUCGGACCCCAUGGACUAUGGGUUCUCACCCCCGGAAAUCACGGCAAAUCUCACCGAGCUCUUUUACUCAACCGCUCCAGCUAAUGCAUGUUCGACCCUCGACUGCUUGAAAGCUAUCCCUGCCAAUCAGUUGGUGACGGAGUCGGUCGUCGUGGGGACUUCAGAGGCUGCGUUGUCGAAUCCGGGAGUGCCACCAUCCGAGCCCAUCCGACCAACAUACAACACCCCUACCAUCUUGGCCGACCCCACCUCUGAACUUUUCACCUCGCCAGCCUUACUAGCCCAUCCACCUGAAAGUCUCCCACUUCUCAUAACCACAGUCCGGAACGAAGCAGGCUCAACCGUUCAGUCCUACUACCCUUCACCCGUCCAAGUGUCAAAUGAGACAUACUACAAUCUCCUAGUAGAGUUCUUAGGCCCGGACCGUGCGCAAAAAAUCUUCAACAGUGGAUUUUAUGAUUUAUCAUACGAAGGAGGUGACGGAGACGAUUUUAGAGAAUUGUUCGAAUUGUUCGUCACUGAUUGGGUGUUCCGUUCUCCCUCUCGAGCGGUGGCUAGGGAAUGGGCCGCCAAUGGGGGGAAAGUUUGGGUGGGGGAGUUUGAAAAGGGCAGUAGUUAUCCUGAUAAUGCAGUUGGAUAUUGUCAGAAUGAGGGAGUGGUUUGUCAUGAGGAUGACAUUGAGGCUGUUUUUCAGACUGGUCCGACUGGGGCGGAUGCUAUCCAUGUUGGAAGUCCUGGUACUAUCAACGCCACCAUACCGUCGGAAUCUGAAAUCCUAUCAUAUUGGAUAUCAUUCAUCUACAACCUCGACCCUAACCCUUCCUCUUCCUCAUCUUCACAUAAAAGACGUAAAUCGAGUCAAUGGUGGUGGCCAUGGUGUUACAUCUCUUCAUACAUCCUCCCCCGUUCAGAGAAAUGGGAACCAUUUACCAGUACUUCCACCGUUGAUCGAGUAUAUCCAUUAGGAUCAGAUUUAUCAGGAGGUGAUAAGGCGAUAGAUGUCCCAGAGGGAUUUUGGGGGGAAGUCGUGAAAUGGGAUUGGCAGUUGUACGGUUGA